CGGGGGAGGGGUCAAGGGGCGAGAGCAAGUUUGGAGCGCCUUUCCUGGUACAACAAGCAUCUGCACGUCUGGAGUGCUCAAUCUUCGCGGGUGGCGCGCGGGCGAUACAAAACGUGCGCAAUUUGCCAGCAUUGGCUCGCAGGACAGCUCAUCUUCGUGGUUGGACGCUACAUUUGCACGGCGUUUGAGGUAGCUUACUGGCUGCACGUCUUGCGUCGCCGAGUGUGUGAUCGUGCUGGGAAAAAUAUGUCAGCGACCGCCUACUAGACUGGGCGGUCUUCACGACUACAUUUGUUUUGGUCGCCCCAAGUUUUGGUCGGUAAGCGUUGCCAGCUACCGCUGUGUCAGAGGGGGCAUUGGCUAUAUUGUGUAACGUUGAUUGUUCUGUUGCAGUCCAGAGAUCAGGUGCGUAAGCAGAACCGUCACAUCAUGAUUCGGCCCCGCUUCAGGGGUAGCUGCAGCCGUCUGCACACGGGGCCAUCUUGUUGUUUCGGUGGAAACGUCUUGUUCAUGAUAAUUUCGCAUGUUUGUCAAAGGGUUCUGUCAGUGCGCGUAAUGUAUGUAUCCGAUCGUCUCUUUUUUGUGUGCUCCUGUGACACAGCCAGGGGCAUGAUGCUGUUUGGCCAUAAGUCUGUCGCUCCAUCACAGAACGCCUGCCGAUUCAGUUGGCACCUUCUUGUCAGAGUUUAUGCCUCGACGAGCUUCGUACGUUACGCGCUUCUCUGCGUUGAUGUCUCGGCGAUCUCCAGCGGUGCCAUGCCAUAUCUCGGAUAUCGCACUUGUUGCUGGAAGCCGCGGUACGUAAUCCCAACCGAUUUCCAGAAUCAGCGUGAUUGGUAUGAUUGGUCGUUGGUGUUGCAUGAAAGUUGGCACCGCCGCAGACCGCAGCGCCAUGAAGAAGUACUGCGGCUGAGCGGAGCAUCCUUCAUUAAGCCUCCUGCGCGCCCCCUCCUGUACUUCCUAGUUCACUUGAACGUAGCAUUUGAUUUGUCGGACUAUCCCGCACUUGCUCGUCAGGCGAUCGACGCCUGACUAGCACAUGGUGCUCCCACGAAGUCUAGAUGCUCCGAGCGAGAAUCAGACUCCUUAGCCAUUCUGACCCCUGCCCCCUGCCUCCUAAGAUUGCGCCCUCGGUGGCCAGAACUUUUGACACCGCGGAUUGCCGCGUGGCUUUCUUAGAUGCAUGACAUGGCAGCCGUCUAUCUGUCUCUCUACAUGUGCGCUACACUUCGCGCUAUGAUGGGUGGCGAGACUUCCCUGGGAGUGGGAAAGGCGGCAGAAUGAUGACAUGGCCUCACGCCCUGCGGAUUUCACUUGCCAGAGAUCGGUGACUGCGCAUACAGACGAGCGGCAAAACGCCCCGCGCCGCUUCGCAGGAGGAGGCACCCGGCAUGCUACCCGCACACCCGCACGACCAUUCAUGUGCCAGCUUGCUGUCGAGAGCGUCUCGAGCCUCCGCGAGAGGGCGAACCUCUCCGCCCCGAGAGAGGGGGGGGGGGCAUCGAAGUGCUUUUGCAGGACUCGCCCCGGGCGC